AAAAGCGCGAGCUUGGCCGGCGAGCGUCACAAUCCUCUCGCCUCUUGAGAAGAGAUAUACUCGUAUUCAUUAGCUGAGCAAGAUGUCUGGUCGUGGAAAGGGUGGCAAAGUUAAGGGAAAGGCAAAGUCUCGUUCCAACAGGGCGGGACUUCAGUUCCCUGUGGGUCGUAUUCACCGAUUGCUAAGGAAAGGAAAUUACGCUGAGCGCGUUGGUGCCGGAGCACCGGUCUACUUGGCUGCGGUCAUGGAGUACCUCGCUGCUGAGGUAUUGGAGUUGGCCGGCAAUGCCGCUCGUGACAACAAGAAAACCAGAAUUAUUCCCCGUCACUUGCAACUCGCCAUCCGCAAUGACGAGGAAUUAAACAAGCUGUUGUCCGGUGUAACCAUCGCUCAAGGUGGCGUUCUGCCAAACAUCCAGGCUGUACUUUUGCCCAAGAAGACCGAAAAGAAGGCAUAAUUGUAAUCCAGUAUCCAUCACAAAUGGCCCUUUUCAGGGCCACAAAAUUUUUAUAACUGAGGAACAAUCUUGUUUUGCAUCAAUACCUCUAUCCCUAACAAACGUACACUUUUUUUUUACCAAUUUGUUUCAUAAUUAGCAGGAGUAAUAAAUUACUAAUCUUUUAUAUAAAAACAUCAAAUAUGUGAAUAUUUUCAACACAAGGAUUCUCACGAAAUGACGUUGGAUCAUGAGAAAUGUCUUUCCAUUAGUCCAUCAUUAGAUGUAGUCGAACUAACAGUUAUGAUUAUUUUGUGCUACAUUUUAUUAUUUCAGCUUCAAUUAGAUGUUUUUAAGACUGACAAAAUUGUUGACCUGUAAUUUUUGAAUUGAAAAAUAUAUGAAUUUAUAGAAACUGUUAUUAAAUAUUAAGAUUAGUUUUGAUAAAAAAAAACAUCUUUUCCUGCUUAUGUUAUUUACUAUCGGCCUAUUUUCACUCAUUUUAUACCAUCCAUAAUUAUGACAUUUACUGAAAGACAUUAUAGUAAAUAAAAGUAAUAAAAAA